UCUCAUCUUAAAUGGCAAAGCUGCUGAUCCUGGUUCAUGUUCUUGUCAUCCUCGGUUUUGCAUUGACAUGCACAGCACAAACAAUGUACACCGUAGGUGAUAACUCCGGCUGGGACAUAAGCACUGAUCUUGAUACAUGGGCCACCGGCAAGAAAUUCGUCGUUGGUGAUGUUCUUUUGUUUCAAUAUUCAUCGUCUCACAGCGUGAACGAGGUAACAAAACCGAACUACGAGGGGUGCAACACGACCAAUGUACUACAAUCGAGUAGUAAUGGGAACACAACAUUUCCUUUGUCGAAGCCCGGCGAUCAAUACUUCGUCUGCGGCGACAAGUUACAUUGCCUUUCCGGAAUGAAGCUUCAUGUGCAUGUACAGCAAGCUCAGGGGGCGGCAUCACCUGCCGCUGCACCGCAGGCCGAGUCGGGGGCUUCUCUUCCUCAACCUUCUUCCAAGAACAACAACCCUUCAGCUGUAAUUCCUAGUGGUGCUACUUCAGCUAUGCUUGGUCAUGGUGGAGUGCUACAUUCUCUUGCUUUAGCAUUUCUUGGUUUUAUGGCUUCUGUGCUUUCGAUUGUGUAAAAUUGAGUUUUUGUGUUUCUAGUCGUAACUUGUGUCUUGUAUUGUGGUGUAGUAGUCAUUUGGUUUGUUGCAUAGUCCAGUAGUAGAUUAUGAAAUCUCCAGGUUUAAGAUGGUGAAUUGUUUGGCUUAUAAAUUUCAUUAUUUAUUAAAAAAGAAAAUUUCUUAA